AUGGAUCUUCUCUCCUCCAUCCGAAAAUCAGGCUCCCGGGGAGGUGUCAACUUCUCCUGGGAUGAAGUCCAAACAUCUCAACACCGCGAAAAUUAUCUGGGACAUUCGCUCAUGGCACCGGUCGGUCGAUGGCAGAAAGGUCGUGAUUUAAAUUGGUACGCAAAAGGCGACGAAGAAGGCAAAGAUGGGGAGACCGCCGACGAGAAAAGAAUUCGAGAAAGAAAAGAGGAGAUUCGAAGGAUCAAAGAGGCAGAAGAAGACGCCAUGUCUAAAGCCUUAGGACUGCCAGUAGCUGAUCGCGGCGUGACGGGCGCGAAUGCUGUAUCCGUAGGUGAGGUCAAUCGAAUGGUCAAGGAAGCUGGUGUUGGCGAUGAGGACGAGAAAGAAGACGUGGGCAAGGCCACAGGAUUUGGCGAUUUCGUUGGGAAGGUCAUGAAUCCUGAAGGUGGUUUUGGUGAACCAAAAGAAGCGGAACGAGGCGGACUGGUUAGGAAAGGCAGAGAAAGACAGAGGGAUGGAAAGAAGGACGAAAGACGGAGGAGUGGAAGUCGUGAGCGGAGACACAGACGCAGACAUCGCUCGAGGAGUGGUGAGAGGCACAGACGGAGAUCAAGGAGUCCGGAUCGAUAUCGAGACAAACCAAAGCGCGAGGACAGGGCACGGGAGAGAAGCAGAAGUCCUCGAAGACGUGAGCCAGGUUAUAGAGCGAGGAGUCCGCCACCGAAGCGCGAAGAUAGGUCGCCAAACGGAAGCAGAAGUCCUAAAAAAAGAGAACGAGAUUACAGAGCGAGAAGUCCGGAUCGACCACGGGCUUCGAACGGAGAUGGUACAUACAGAGGAGAGGCCUACAGAGGAGAUUCACAACGAGAUGACAAACUAAGGGAUGAUAGAAAGAAAGAAUCGUACCGCCCUCGAAGAAGUCCAUCUCCCGAUCGGCGAAAUCAUGGUAGAAGGGAUGGUAAUCGGGACCACGAGAGACGGCGCUACUGA